AGUGGUAGUGGACCCGACCGCUCCGCCUGUCUCCCCUCCCCUCCCCCCGCCCUGCGCGUCAUGGUUCCGGCUGCGCAUAAAAGGCUCGGCGGCCUUUUGCGCACUGGGCGCUGAGAAACGCGAGUCUGCAAGUCUGCUGUUGUGUGUACCCUUGCUCACGCAGCUUUCAGUCAUGGCCGCCGGUAACGCGCACAUCGGAAAGCCAGCCCCGGACUUCCAGGCCACCGCCGUGGUGGAUGGCGCCUUCAAGGAGGUGAAGCUUUCUGACUACAGAGGGAAAUACGUGGUGCUCUUUUUCUACCCGUUGGACUUCACUUUUGUGUGCCCUACGGAGAUUAUCGCUUUCAGCGAGCAUGCCGAGGAUUUCCGCAAGCUGGGCUGCGAGGUGCUGGGGGUCUCUGUCGACUCUCAGUUCACCCACCUGGCUUGGAUUAACACCCCCCGGAAGGAGGGAGGCUUGGGCCCCCUGAACAUCCCCCUGCUGGCGGAUAUAACCAGAAGCUUGUCCAACGAUUAUGGCGUGCUGAAGAAAGACGAAGGCAUUGCCUACAGAGGCCUCUUUAUCAUCGAUGGCAAGGGUGUCCUUCGCCAGAUCACCAUCAAUGAUUUGCCUGUGGGGCGCUCCGUGGACGAGGCUCUGAGGCUGGUCCAGGCCUUCCAGUACACAGAUGAGCAUGGGGAAGUCUGUCCCGCUGGCUGGAAGCCAGGCAGUGACACAAUCAAGCCCAACGUGGAAGACAGCAAGGAAUACUUCUCCAAACACAACUAGACUGGCAGACAGGCACCAAGCUUGGGCUCUUGGCCCCAACCUGUGCCCCCACCUGGGUGCCUUGUGCUAGCCCAGGAAAGGCCAGACCUGCCCCUUCACAUUCCACCGUCUGUGAUCCUAGAGGGCUAGGCCAAGGCCUUUUCAUGUUCCUGGCUGAGUAGUAAUGGUGACACCCCCCUUCCCCCUGCUCCCUGUAGCCCACCUAACGGGGCACAGGCUAGAAGUGACCAAUAAAGUAUUAGGGACAGAUAUGA